GGCAACCCGCUGGGGUCUCAUUCCGCACUGUGGGAGCUUUGUUCGUUUGCUCUUUGCAAUGAAUCUUGCUGCUGAUCAGUUUUUGGGUCCACACUGCCUUUAUGAGCUGUAACACUCACCACGAAAGUCUGCAGCUUCACUCCUGAAGCCAGUGAGACCACGAAACCACCGGGAGGAACGAACAACUCCAGACGCGCCCCCUUAAGAGCUGUAACACUCACCGCGAAGGUCUGCAGCUUUACUCCUGAGCCAGUGAGACCACGAGCCCACCAGAAGGAAGAAACUCCGAACACAUCCGAACGUCAGAAGGAACAAACUGGACAUGCCGCCAUUAAGAACUGUAACACUCACCGCGAGGGUCCGCGGCAUCGUUCUUGAAGUCAGUGAGACCAAGAUCCCACCAAUUCCGCUAGGAGUAGAGAUUGACAUCACCUUCUUUUAAUCAGUCUCAAAUACCUGGCCCCUGGGGGAACCUGCAAAAGCCAGGUUUGACGAAUGCAAUGAUAAUUGUCUAAUCACUGCCUCGAAAAAGAGCAGAGCAUUUGAGUAUGCUUUCUCCUUCUCUCCCUCACUUCAGUUGGGCCCAACAUGACAAUCCUAAUGGAAGCUCGGGGGUCAAGGGCUGGUGGCUUACUUCCUAUAUAUUGCAGCAUUUCAGUACUGCUCUGCACGUGUGCUUCCCCCACCUGAUGAGCUUACUCCAGUGCCCACAGAUACGACAGACUUCCCAAGUGCCCCUCACACUCGAUUAGCUGCAUCCUUUACCUCUUUUUGCCACGCCAUAAGCAUUGGGUUUUUUUUUGUUUGUUUGUUUUGAGAUGGAGUCUCGCUCUGUUGCCAGGCUGGAGUGCAAUGGCGUGUGAUCUCAGCUCACUGCAAUAUCUGCCUCCUGGGUUCAAGCGAUUCCCCUGCCUCAGCUUCCUGAUUAGCUGGGACUACAGGCGCACGCCACCACGCCCAGCUAAUUUUUUGUAUUUUAGUAGAGACAGGGUUUCACCAUGUUGGCCAGGAUGGUCUCGAUCUCCUGACCUCGUGAUCCGCUCGCCUCGGCCUCCCAAAGUGCUGGGAUUACAGGCAUGAGCCACGGCGCCCGGCCAGCAUUGGGGUAUUUUAUUGAAGAUGGAGGCCAUGACUGUUGAGAAAGCCUCAGCAGAUGAGAACUUGCCAGAGGUGAUCUCUGCCAUCAAGGAGACUCUGAAGAUAGUGUCCAAGGCACCAGUCAACAUCACUAUGGCAGGGGACUCUGGCAAUGGGAUGUCCACCUUCAUCAGUGCCCUUCCAAACACAGGACAUGAGGGUAAGGCCACACUUCCUACUGGGCUGGUAAACGCUACCCAAAGAUGUGCCUCCUAUUUCUCUUCCCACUUUUCAAAUGUGGUGUUGUGGGACCUGCCUGACACGGGGUCUGCCACCAAAACCUUGGAGAACUAUGUGAUGGAAAUGCAGUUCAACCAGUAUGCCUUCAUCAUGGUUGCAUCUGCACAAUUCAGUAUGAAUCACGUGAUGCUUGCCAAAACCACUGAGGACGUGGGAAAGAAGUUCUACAUUGUCUGGACCAAGCUGGACAUGGACCUCAGCACAGGUGCCCUCCCAGAAGUGCAGCUACUGCAGAUCAGAGAAAAUGUCCUGGAAAAUCUCCAGAAGAAGCGGAGCUCUAGAAACCAACAAGCGUAUGCAAACCACAGCCACGUACCUCUUGCUGAAAGGAUCCUGAGAGAAAAGCAAGACAAAGAAAUACAGAUGAGCUCUGCAAGCCCUAGAAAUAGCAAGGCCCAGCUCAGCUGGCCUGCCGUGAGACAUACCUCAAGAGUACUCCAGAGAAUUCCACAAGGCCCAGAAAUAUGUUUAGGCAGAAUAAAUUUUGUGAAUGGUAUGCAGUAAAUUUGUUUUUUCUAUGUUUUACCCAUUUGGAUAACUGAGCCAGAGGCAUUAUUGAAAAGAAAUCUCUGCAGCUGACCAUCACCUUGACAGACUUUUAAAAUGGAGCACAAUGAACCAUCCCUUGUGACUCCUUUCAAUAUCUUAUGAUGGAAGGAAACUGUCCCCAAAAUACAGGACUGGGAGUUGUGAAGCUUACUCUUCCUGUCUAAAAGAAGAAAAGAUACAAUUUAAGAGUCAUCACAAGAGUCAAUUAACAGAGGGUAAAGAAGUAGAACAAAUGGAUGAUCCAACAUGGUAGAUGAAUUCACAAAAGAAGGAUGGAAACAGGUCAUCUCAGAAGACAGUACAGUAGAUAGUGUUAUCAGUCCUUCCAGAAGAAAACUAUAAGUAAAUCUGCUCAGGAUAUUCAACAGCUAGCCAGUGCAUAUGACACAUACUGGGUACUUAAAAAACAUUUGUUAAAAAGAAAUGAAUAAUGAUUAUAAAGAAAAAAUAAAUUAAAACUCAUGUUUAGUUAAAAA